AUGUUGCGCCCCUAAUCGCCCACAUUCGUAUCUAAGAAGCACUCCAUUCCUUACCCAACAUCCUCGCCCACGGCAGACUUGCCAGCCCACCCCCCCCGAGUAUCAGUUGCCUCCCGCAUCCGCACCAUGAACGAAUUCGAGCGCGUUGGUAGACAUAUUGUCCGCACCUUCUACGAUCCCCUUCCAACCCUCGACUCGAACGCCCCGAUUUGGUGCCUGGGACAGCAGUACGACCUGAAACAUACCCCGCCAGCGUCGAAUCCGAGCUCUGGCUUGAGUCUCCCCAAAGCCGACUCUUCCGCGUCGCAUGUAGACCGCACAAGCGGACACGAGGAGGACAGCUGGAUACGGACAAGCCUCGAAGAGUCGGAGAGGAAGGAAUCACCAAACGGAGAAGACCCAUCGCAGUAUGGGGGCUGGCCCCAUCCCUUCCUCGACGACUUUGAAUCACGGAUAUGGAUGACGUAUCGGUCGGGUUUCGCUCCCAUACAGAAAUCGCAAGACCCCAAAGCAACAGCGGCCAUGAGUUUCCGGGUAAGGAUGCAGAACUUGGCUCAGUCGGCCUUCUCGUCCGACGCUGGAUUUGGGUGCAUGAUCCGCUCGGGGCAGUGUAUCCUAGCAAACGCUUUAUUGUCCCUGAAGCUUGGGCGGGAUUGGAGGCUUGGUGACUCAACGCCAGAGAAGAACCACCAUUCCAUCCUCUCCUUAUUUGCCGACGACCCCAAGGCACCCUUUUCAAUCCACCGAUUUGUUGAGCACGGAGCCGCGGUCUGUGGCAAAUACCCAGGCGAGUGGUUUGGUCCCUCAGCUACUGCUCGCUGUAUUCAAGACCUCGUGAACGCCCACAAGUCUGUAGGUCUACGAGUCUAUGUCUCCGGCGACGGCGCCGACGUGUACGAGGAAAAACUCAAGGCCGUAGCCAUAGAUGAAGAUGGAAAGUUUCAGCCUACUCUAAUCCUCGUAGGAACGCGCCUGGGAAUCGACAAGAUUACCCCAGUGUACUGGGAGGCUGUCAAGGCCUCGCUACAGAUGCCACAAUCUAUUGGGAUUGCAGGUGGCCGUCCUUCAGCAUCACACUACUUUGUCGGCACCCAAGGCAAUAUGUUCUUCUACCUUGACCCUCACUCAACCCGGCCCCUCCUACCAUACCAUACCGACCCAUCUGCCUACACAGCCGAAGACGUUGCCACGUGCCACACGCGCCGCCUCCGCCGCAUCGAGAUCCGGGAGAUGGAUCCCUCAAUGCUCAUCGCAUUCUUAGUCCAUGACGAAAACGAUUUCGAGCACUGGAAGGAGGGUAUGGUGUCGGUGCAAGGCAAGGCAAUUGUGCAUGUCAGUAAGAGCGAGCCACUAUCAAGGGGCCAGGCGCCUAGAGAGAGCGCUAUCGACGAGGUAGAGAGUUUCGAUGAGAGGGAUGAAGACGAAGGAGACACAGUAUUUUGAGGGUGUGGCCUACGAACCCAUGCAUGGUAGCUGACAUCUGGCGGACGACGCAAUAGGGUGAUUGGUCCCACUCUCAAGCCUUGUGUAGUCGUCCUGAAUCUGCAUCUCUAGGUGGGUAUGGAGUUAUUCUAGAAGUAUAUCCGCAAAUCCGCUCAUAUUAGGCGGGCAGUCAAAUAGUUUAGCAGCCAAACACGCAAGGCUUAACAGGGCCGACUUCCAAUACUCAGCAUGUA